AUGAAAACAGGUUUUGCAUGUGCUGUGUUUUUUACAGUGAAUUUUUUAUUACCUUCAAACAUUGGUGUACCAGAGAAACCCAAGAAUAUUUCUUGUAAAAUUUUUGACUUUAUUAAGAUGGUGUGCAGCUGGAACCGACUUCAUUCCUCAUCUAGAAGUAAAUGGAGUCUUCGUUAUGGAUAUCGCUGUCAACGGAAAUGCAUAUUUUCUAGGCGUCUGAACUUGAAUCAGAAUCAGGACAACAUUGUGAUCUGGAAUAAAACGAGUGAAUCAGCCUUUAGAAUCUACUGUAAGAAAUGUAUCCAGAUUGUUGGCAGAUAUAAAACUGGAACUAUCAAAUCCGACAUCAUUACAUUUAUGCCUGAACAAAUUGUUGAACUUAGUCCGGUGAAUAUUACAAAAAUCGAAACAACCGAUUCCAAAAUUUACAUUAAAUGGAAACAUCCUCUGAUCCAACGUCCAACGAUUUGUUAUGUAAAAUAUUCCGUUAGCAAUCAGCCAAUCCACAACAAAACGAAACACAGUAAGAGCAACGAUAUUUAUUUAGAUGAAUUAUCUCCUUCAACUAUGUACAUAAUUUGGAUUAAAUGGAAACUAGUAAACUCACCAUAUUGGAGUAAAGAAAAAUGUCUACAUGUGACAACCAAUCAUUCAGCCUUGAAAUCUGGACCUGUCAUUACGCAAGGGAGCUACUUAAGGCAUAGGUGUCUUCACACUAAUGAAGCAUGCCUCUCGAUCUACUGGAAACCAAUCCAAGGGAGUUUGGCAAGGACUAAAUUUUAUGAAAUUUCCUACUGUAUACAUCUGGAAAAUAUCUAUAACAAUACAAAGAUCGUCGAUGAGAAGAAGUGUAGCCUGCAGAUGAAAUAUCCAACACUGCCAAUGAAAUCUGUUUGUAUUCGGGCAAACACAGAUAUAGGCUAUUCACCUUACUCGGCCUUCAUUUUCAAUCAAGAUGAAUCAUCACCUCCAACAGUUAAAAAUGUGACAGUCAAAGAGACAAGUGAUCCGCAAAUGUUGAUGGUCAGCUGGUCCUAUAAUCCAAGUGACAAAAGCAAAGUAAAAAUCACGAAUGUUACGAUUUUCUGGUGUCAUGGAAAGAAACUUUUUACUGAUGUGUUAGUAGUCAGCUGUGAGGAUCAUAUCGACUGGAUUACCGUUGUAGCCAAUGAAAGUUAUCAGCUCCAACUGACCAAGGUUGUUGACGUCCAUCAUUUUCAUGUUGCAGUUGUCUUAAAUAACAGAGCCGGUAGCCAAGGAAUGACUUGGUCAGAAUGCAUCUUCACGCAGACUGGUUAUAUAAGUGAUCUGAACAUACCAUUAUUAAUUACAACUUUUCCUGAGAAAAUGUUAGUCCAGUGGUAUCCUGUGAGAUGCAAAGUUACGAUUAUACCUUUGAUGUACCAAAUAGCUUACACAAGACAAAUAGAAAAAAACGAAGAGAACCCUUGCAAAUCAGGUUCUCUUGUAAAUGUUUCAAUUUCUCACACAAGUGUCGAACUGAAAAAUCUGAAAGCAAAUGAAUUCUACUAUAUCUGUAUGAGGAUAAUAACAGUCGUUGGACCGACACCAUUCACAAAACCUAAUCAAAAAAAGACUAAUGUGUUGUUAACAAGAGAAAGAAUUAUUGAAUCAAAAACUGAUUCUGUAUAUAUCACAACCACACAACGUGAAACGGAAACAUUAAAAAAUGAAGAAGGAAUACCUCAAGCUGUAAAAAUUAUUCUUUGUAUUACUGCAGGGAUAUCUUUUGUUAUAAUGGUUAUUUGGUAA